AUGGGUUCAAAAUUUAAUAAUGUGAUAGCUGACCUGAAUCAAUUUGAGUUUGGAGGCAAACUGCAAGAUGAGGGUUCUGUUGUAGUGAAGAGGUUGUAUGAGAAAAACUUUAAGAGAGUUGCACAGUUCAUGAAUGAAAUUAAAAUCCUAGCAAAUUUAGAUCAUCCAAAUCUUGUGACAUUAUUUGGAUGCACCUUUGGCCACACCCGUGAACUUCUGCUUAUAUACGAGUACAUUCCUAAUGGAACCAUUGCCGAUCAUCUUCAUGGUCAACGAUCCAAACCUGGAAAACUCCCUUGGCAUAUUAGAAUGAAUAUUGUUGUGGAGACGACAAGUGCAUUGAAAUUUCUUCAUCAAAAAGACAUCAUCCACCGAGAUGUGAAAACCAACAAUAUUCUUGACAAUAACUUUUGUGUAAAAGUGGCCGAUUUUGGAAUCUCACUUCUUUUCCCAGAUCAUGUCACUCAUGUUUCAACAGCUCCACAAGGGACUCCAGGUUAUGUGGAUCUCGAGUACCACCAGUGCUAUCAGCUUACCAAACAAAGCGAUGUCUAUAGCUUUGGAGUGGUGCUGGUUGAGCUGAUAUCGUCCUUGCCUGCUGUAGAUAUUACAAGGCAUAGACAAGAAAUCAAAUUGUCCGACAUUGUCAUCAACAAGAUUCAUAGUGAGGCACUGCAUGAGCUUGUGGACCCUAGCCUUGGGUUUGAAUCGAAUUUCAAGGUUAGGAAAAUGAUAAAUGUUGUGGCAGAGUUAGCAUUUCAGUGCUUGCAGAGUUCCAAAGAAAUGAGGCCUUCUAUGGAAGAAGUGGCAGACACUCUCAAGGAUAUACAGAGUGAUGGCAAACAUAAAAUCAAGCCUGAGCUAAUGGAUAUCACAGGCACAGUUGAUGAUGCUGUGUUGCUGAAGGAUGACCCUCCUCCACCAUCACCUGAUUCUAAUGCGGUGAGCAAGUUGACAACACCAAAUGCUAGCGGAUAA